UUUUUUCUUCUAAACAUCUUCUACGAACACACCGUGUAUUGCCAUCACGGUUAGAGCCGUUCCACAACAAUACUGUACCCCACACCCGGUUCUAACUAAAUCGUAAUCGUAAUCGAGAGUGCAAUUCUAGAACAUCGAUUAGGCUCCGGCUCCUAGCAGCACUAACUAACUAAGCCUGCCUGCCUGCUCGUCGUGGCUGGAGCUCGCGAUUUGGACGCAAUCGCGUCCGGAUGCUUCUCGAGAGCAGCAGCUCACACGUUGCGUAUUUGCUUUUGGGGUUUUGGCAAUUAACUGGCCGCAGUGAUUUAGGGAAACCUCACGGAUCUAUUUUUGUUUUGAUUCCAUUCCAUCUUUGCACUGUGUUCGGUGUUCUGAUUUUUCGUUGCUGCUGCCUCCGAUAAGGUUUCAGCUUAGUUUAGCACACACCCAGGCCUAUCGUCAACCGCAUCGAGUGAACUGUGGGCCCUGAUAAGAGUGUUUCUGUGAAGUAAUCAUCGUAAAGUGGAAAAAAAAAGACGGAAAAAAAUCUAAAGUACCCGUACUAGUCAGCGCACGGCUCACGAUUUUAGUCGAUCGUUAGUCUGUUGGCAGACCAGGCUGAGUCCCCCUAAACCUCGAAUCCGGUUGUUAAAGUUCUUCUACGGGGUUCUACACGGAGCAGUUUGACCUUAACCACUGAGAUAGAGAGAGAGCCUCCCAAACGACCCGAAAAUGCCUCAGGAACAACCAAAUGCGGGCGUCAAAAUGUACAACCUCAUCAUCCUGCUCGUUGACGUGGUGGUGAUGCUGGUCCGGUGGAUCUUCUACACACUGGAAUCGAUCUACUUGUUGGUUGUGCCCCGAACACCCGAAGACGUUAGCAAGGACGUAGUACUGGUUACUGGAGCAGGCCACGGUAUUGGAAGGUGUUUGGCCCAGCAAUACGCCCAGCUAGGUGCCACCGUUGUCUGUUUGGACAUCAACGAGAAGAUGAACCAGGAAACGGUUUCCCUGAUCAAGGGACAACGUGGCAACGCUUUUGGAUAUGUGUGUGACGUGACCAACCGGCAGCAGAUCAUCGACACCGCCAAGACCAUCAAGGAACAGGUCGGUGUGGUUACGAUCCUGAUCAACAAUGCCGGAAUCAUGCCAACCCAUCCCUUGCUGUUACAAACUGAAGGAGAAAUUCGUAAAACGUUUGAAAUCAACGUAUUGGCUCACUUCUGGAUGCUUCAAACGUAUCUUCCCGAUAUGAUCCAGAAGAACCGAGGCCACAUCGUUGCCCUUUCGUCGAUCGCCGGACUGGUAGGUCUGAACAAUCUGGUCCCGUACUGUGGCAGCAAAUACGCAGUCCGCGGCAUCAUGGAAGCUCUGUUCGAAGAGAUCCGACAGGACCCCCGGAAGCCCCAGAUCUUCCUGACCAGCGUGUACCCGUACAUGGUCGAUACCGGCCUUUGCAAGAAGCCGCACAUGCGCUUCCAAAACCUGAUGCGGUUGGUCAAACCGGAGGAAGCUGCAGCGGCCAUCAUCGAGGGUCAGCGACGACGCCAGGAAGACGUCUCCAUUCCCAAGUACCUGCUGUAUCUUAACACCUUCGUACGGAUGUUCCCCCUAAAGGCCGCCAACUUGCUGCGGGACUUCCUGGACAGUGGAGUCGAAUCUGAUCUCUAAACCAAGCGCGAAUACGAUUAGCAGCAGCACGAAGCUACAAGAUGCACCACAACACAGACACACACAAAACUAGCAAAUACACACCUGUAAACAUACAAAUACCCAUACACACACAGAAAAAAAAACAAAAAGAGAGAAAGACGCAUUCGAAAACUCAGAGAGCCUUCUGAAUGAUGGGACGUCAGAAGUUGUUGCUUGGUUUUAAUUUAUUAUUUUAUCUAUACACAUUAGUAUUGGAACUCCAACCCUAAAUUUAAAGGGUUAGGAUCGAAACGGAAUGAAAUUCCUCGUUUUUGAUUCUCUGGGGCAGCAUAUCAUCAAUUCGUCCGACCGUUUUGAACUUCGUAAACUAAGGCCAGACAGACCUGAAGAUUGUGUAAGUACGUAUAGUCUCUAGUGAUCGGCUUUCAAGCCGCAGAAGAUUUUCCCAUUCGACACACAAAAGUAUACUGUUUUAAGCGUAUUUUUAACUGAUGAUGAUGGUAAACGGAAAGGAU